AUGCUUCGCAUCAAGCAGGAAGUAGCAUCGUCGGCGGCAUCAGAUAAACUAGUUCCUUUGAAACAAGUUCGUGUUGAUACAAAAAUUCACUCAUUUGCCGCCGAUGUAACAAUUACACAGGUAUUUCAAAAUGAUGAAUCUGUGCCGGUUGAAGCUGUUUAUUGUUUUCCUGUCGAAGAGAAUGCAGCUAUUUAUGGCUUUGUGGCUCGUAUAGAUGACGAACGUGAAAUUGUUGCUCAAAUCAAGGAGAAAAAAGCAGCACAACAAGAAUAUACACAAGCUCUUGCUCAAGGUCACGGUGCUUAUCUAUUAGAGCAAGAUGAAGCUUCAAAUGACAUAUUUAUCAUUAGUGUAGGAGCGUAUGUUAUUGUUUCUUUUUUAUUUGCUAAACAUCCAGUUUGUCGUAUAACGUUUUAUUCCAGGUUAAAGCCCGGUAGUCAAUGUCACAUUACAAUUAGUUAUGUGAGUGAACUCGAUUUAUUGCAUAGUAGCAAAAAGCCGACGAUUCGUUUUGUUGUUCCUACUACAAUCGCUCCUCGUUACUCACCUUCACACAAAAGUAUCACAUCACCAGGUGAAACUCAAGUGGAAUAUGCUGAGACGGUUCCUUACACAAUCGAAUUCAUGUGUCAAGUAGAAAAACUCGAUCAGCAUGUUGCUUGUAUUUCGUCUCCAUCACAUCCAAUCAAGGUCGAUUGCAAUAAUGAAGAGAUCUUUCUUGUCACACUUACACAACAAGGAAUUGAACUCGAUCGAGACAUAAUUGUUGAUGUUGAAUUAUCUGAUGUACGAAGAAAUACAAUCGCAGCCAUUGACAAUGGUGCUGUUAUGAUCUCAUUCAUCCCAACUGAACAAGAUUGUCGACAAGACUCAAACAAUGCGACGAACGAAUUUUUUUUCGUAAUUGAUUGUAGUGGUUCGAUGGCAGGUGAUGACAAGAUUGGUCUAGCACGCAAAGCAAUGUUACUUUUUCUCAAGAGUUUGCCAGUCAACUGUCGUUUCAAUAUUAUUCGUUUUGGAUCUAGUUUCUCGGCGCUUUUUACUGAUCAGGUGACACGAGAGUAUAAUAAGACAAAUAUGUGUCAAGCUGAAGCAAUGAUCAAAGAUAUGACUGCCGAUCUUGGCGGCACAGAAUUACUCAAGCCACUGCAUUGGUUAAAGGAGAAUAAACCAUCUGCAAGUGGUGUAAGACAAAUCUUUCUACUGACGGAUGGAGAGGUUUCCAAUGUUACCGAAGUAACAAAUCUCUGUCGUGAGAUGGCCACAUACACGCGCAUUUUCUCAUUUGGUUUGGGUCAUUCACCAAGCCGUGCCCUUGUUAAAGGUUUAGCUCGUACUACUAAUGGCUACUUUAAUUUCAUAGCUCCACAUACAAAUGUGGACAUCUAUGUUGCCGAACAGCUUUCUCGUGCCUUGCAACCAAGUAUAGCAGAUGUAUACGUUAAAUGGAAUACAAACCAACGUAUUCUUCAUAAAGUACCCGAACAUGCUCCACCCGUGUUUGUCGGAGAUCGGUUACUUUUUUAUGCUUUACUCGAUGAGACAAUGCCCUUUGAUCAUACAACAACUGUUGAAUUAUUUACUGGCAUACAACAGCAACCUAUUGGUUUAGCUCGUGUAGAUCAUGUGCCAUCAGUACUUGGUUCGCAACUGGUUAUGCAUUUAGCAGCAAAAGCAUUGCUCCGUGAACUUUCGGAUGAUCAAAAAACUAUAGACAAAGAACUUCUUGUUAAUAUUUCAAUCAAGUAUGGCAUUUUGUGUCCAUACACAGCUUUUAUUGGUGUUGAAAGAAGGUUGGAUGUCAAUAGUGAAAGUAAUGUCGAUAUGGAACUUCGUGAAGUGCCAAUCAUGAUAAGUAAGACGUGCCGAGAGUCAGUAACACGCUUUCGGGCAUUAUCAAAUACAUCUUCUCUAAGAUAUCAAUCUUUAUCAUCUGAUAUUAAUCGUCUAAGGAUGGAUUUGUGCUGUAAUAUUGAAUCGAUAGCGCAAAGAGAUAACGACCUUUCAAUUAUAAUGGAUCACUGUUGUGAACUAGAUACUUCUUCAAAGCAAUUUUACAAAACAGGGAGACAAAAGAAUACAUUCAGUGCCAGUAUUGGCUCGGUUCUGCAGCCUGCCAUUAAUUUUGUUUCGUCUCUAUUCCCCGAAAAACGUACCACAAGAUUUGCCAAUCAUUCUGAUUCGAAACCUGUAACAAGUUCAACAUCUGUUGACAUUUAUAAAUCAUUGCAUGAUUCAAGUGCCUCUAACAAUCAAACAUCGAAGAUGAUCUGGCCAACGGAUGAACAGAAAUUGGUUGAUCGCUUUAUUGAAUUGCAACAAUAUGAUGGUCUAUGGAUAUUAACAGCGGACGAUGUCAAUCAGUUGACGGGAAAAUCUUUCACUACAUUCUCCUCAUCAAUGGUUGAAAAACUUGAGAAGAAUGCUCAACAAUCGAUAAUAACCACAGCAAUAGUGAUCAUCUUACUUGAAACUCGAUACCUUGCUUUGAAAACACUUUGGUAA